AUGUGUCCACUGUAUAGUCCUGACCUUGUAACCUCAGAUUUUCACCUAUUUCGGUCGCUUCCGAAUUCUUUGGGUACUGUUUGGUUAACAUCAAGAGAGGACUGUCACAAUUACUUGUUGCAUUUUUUUAAAUCAAAAAUCCCAAGAUUUCUUUUGCAACGCGAUUAUGUUACUACCAACAAAAUGACAACAAGCUAUUGA